AGUGUGCCUGGGAGGGCUGCAUUCCAGAGCACCAUUUCACUGCGCUCUCCCCGAUCUGGGCUACAACUACUCAUUACAUAUUUCAACAUACAGCUUUUUGACUUUUUGUGUGCUCGGAUUUCCUUUCCACUUGAACUUAUCGAAGUGAAGAGUCGGGCAACCAACUGAAAGGAAGCCUAAACCAACAGGUGGAUGCUGUGGUGGCCAUGUUCCUCUGAGUUUGAUUGACAGGCCAAGAUGGAGAUGAAGGUGUGGGUGGAGGGUGUGGUCAGGGUGGUGUGCGGCCUAUCAUUGGAGACUUCCUGUCAGGAUGUGGUCAUCGCCCUUGCGCAGGCUAUUGGUCAGACGGGUCGCUAUGUUCUCAUCCAGAAGCUACGAGGCACAGAGAGGCAGCUUGUGGCAGAGGACUGUCCCUUAGAGUCUCUGUCUUAUCUGGGUCAGCUGGCCAUCGAGGUCCAGUUCAUCUUGCGUCGCACAGGCCCCUCCAGCACUGACGAACCUAACAGACCCCCCCAGGAUAGGGUCCACCCUUUGCCCAGGCACCCUACACCCGUUCCCUCCAGAUGCCGAGAGCCGAAGAAGGCCCUCACUUUCAACCUUGGUCCUUCUACAAUCCCCAGAAGGACUAAAGCUAACAAGGCCUGGUCACCUAGUCCAAGGGCCUCACCAGAGCCCAGGGCCUCGCCUGUUCCGUCCCUGGUCUCCCCCACCGCCUCCCCUCCUCCACUCUCCCCGUCCGACCCGUCCAAGGAGGAGGUCUUCAGGCAGGUGCUGCAGCAGCAGGAGAUGCUACAGGACCUGGAGUCCCAUCUGGUGGCUUUGGAAAGGGAGGCAGAGGUGUGGGAGAUGGGGAGGCCUGUAACUCCUGUCCCAGGCCUGAAUCCAGGCCUAGUGGAGGAGAUGGAUGUGCUGGAGACAAGGCUGAGACAGAACGAGGCAGAGCUGUAUGGGGAUUACUGGGAGAAGCAGAUGCAGCGAGAGAAGGACAAGGAGCAGGAUACCCAGGGACAUCUGCACCAACUCUACGCCUCUAUGGAUGAAUAUAGCUUCCGGCUCAAGGACCUCCAGACCCAUUCAUCCAGGCUGGGGCAGGACUUUCGUGUUGAGGCCCACAGACGGAGCUCUCGUCCGGGCACCCCACAACCAGAGGAGGCCCUGGGAACGCUGAGGGAGGAGCUACACAAUCGGCUUCAGAAGGGGACAGAGCUGGACAUGUCAUUGACAGAGACGAAGAAAGCAUUGCAGACUGCAGAAUUACGGUUACAGGAGAGGUGUGAGGCGCUGGAGGAGCUGAACAAGGAGCUGAGGCAGUGUAACCUGCAGCAAUUCAUCCUGCAGACGGGUGUUCCCCCUAGCCCCUCUUACUCAGACCCCCUCCCCGACCAGACACACCCCCACCUCCAGCACAUCGCCACGCCUUACCUCUGCAUAGCAGGACUACUGGAGGAUGACUAGACUGACACUGUGACUGUAUGCUAGAAGCCAGAAGAUGCCCCGGGACUCUGAGGGAGGAGCUACACAGCUGGAUGCAGCACAAAGCGGAGCCGGACAUGUCACUUGCUGACUCAGUAAAAAGCUCAUGGGAGCAUCUGGAUGACUCUCCAAUUGCACUGUGUGUGUGUGUGUGUGUGUGUGUGUGUGUGUGUGUGUGUGUGUGUGUGUGUGUGUGUGUGUGUGUGUGUGUGUGU